AUUCAUUAGCAUGGAUGCAGCGGAUCAGGACGACAAUGACCAACAUCCAGACUUUCGUACCCUUCUGAGCGGCUCCAAAGGAGGCAAGGAUGCUUCAUCUUCACAAGCUCUACCAAGUAAGCAAGGCAAAGAGUCCCAGAACCCAGCUUUACUUGAAGAGAAACUUGACGCCUACUUUCAAGUUCUUUCUGAAGAGCGUCAUGCUGCUGAACGGACAUUUUCCUGUGCUGUCUACGACCCGGGGCUUGGUUUGUUCAGGUUGACAGUAAAUAGAGGGACGCAUUUUGUGAGCAUGGGACAUACUCUACAUGGGCAAAUCUAUCUCUAUCCAGAAGAGGCACUUUAUCUUGUCGAUCGUGGAUCAUUCUUGGUUGACUAUCAUGGCAAUAAUAUGACUGUGCAGCAGAUGUGGAAUGUCUAUCUCUCACAGGCUCAAGCUCAAGCUCAAGCUCAACAGACUGUUUCAGGGAAAGAGCGCAAGAACAAUGCCUCAAUAGCAAUGGAUAGAUACAUCACAUAUGCAUAUCUUAAGCGACUGGGCUUUAUUGUCAUUAGACCUGGGACCUAUGAUAGCCAUGUACGUGGAUCUGGAGCUCAGGAUAAGCUAAAAUCACAAAGCCAAGCGCUCAUAAGGCCCUGGACAAGCGUUUUGAAAUGGUGGUCAUUAUUCUGGAACUAUUUUACUGCAUCAUGGAGAGGAGCAAUAACAAGCAUUGUCGGGCUAGGGCUGAGAUUGGGAUCCAUCCCAACUAUCUGGAAUAGUCCCUCUAGCCGACCUCUUGUUGCUCACAACGAUCAGCUGUCUUACAAUCAGAUUUUACAGAAACUACAGAUUAUACCCACGAUGCGCCUUGUCCAACAGACACCUACUUCUGAUCCUGCUCUUGAUCCUGCUCGUGCUCCAGCUUCUGCUCCUACUCAUUCAGAAAAACGGACUCAUUCCACAGUCAGUGGUAACCAAGACACCAUAGAUAUCAAUGGAAAUCAUAGAAUUGAUUUUGAUGUUUACAAACCUGCGGGUACUUUUAAGAAGCGACAACCAGGUAUUCCAGAUUAUCGAGUUGUCGUUGUCCACGCUGAUGCUUCCUUGCCUUCUCUUGAUGAACUAAAGGGUAUGAUGAGUGGUCAACCAGAUCCAGCGCAGGAAGAGGUCAUAUCUCGAGAUGUUUUGGCGAGCAAUACUGCUAUCGUUACAUCUACUACUACAACACCUACUACCACUACUGCAGCUACUCCCGCUACCACUUCCACUACUCUUACUCCUGCUACUACUCCUGCUACUACUCUCGCUACUACCACCACCACUACACCUACAACAGUAGCUACUGCUACUACCACCACCACCACCACUACUACUACUACUACUGGAUCCAAAUCUGAUAAAGAAAAAAAGAAGAAAAUCGCACCAGAAUGGCCCAAAGUUCUGUUUGCAGUUGUUGAUGGUGGUCAGGUCUCUUUUAUUAACAUGUUUAAUAUCAGAACUGCUCCAUAAUAAUAAACAAACUACUUGGAG